GACGGCGCCUCUGUGCAGAUCUGCCGCGAUGCGUCAGUCGCAACACGACCGCCAUGGGCCGCAGCUCGCUAAUACCCUGGGCGCCUCUAGUCGUCGCUCUGCUUUUCGUCACAGACCCAGUGUUCGCUACGGGCGUCUCUGAGGACUCCGACUUGGAACGCAGUCACACGUCGACCGUGAGAACGAGCGUCGGAGGGACGGCAUUCCUGAUGUGCCACUUGCCCAACAUCGGAAAAGAGGUGUACUGGGCACGGCAGCAGGCGGACAAAGUAUUCUUGAGACAUUAUAGGCACGUGUCCAUGGGAUUCAACCGCAUCGGAGCUUCCUGUUCGCAUCAAGAUGACGUCUGUUUGUUGACGAUCAGAGAUGUUCGGAAGACCGAUUCGGGACUGUAUAUCUGUGGGGUUGACAGCACACCGCCCAUCCGACGCUUCGUGUACCUCUCUGUUUCCGAGCCGGAGACGACAAUUUUGGGUGAGCCUUUUAGAACGCACUGGCAAGGCAGCGGUAUCAACCUGACGUGCGUAGUCCAGCCCCGGCGACAGCCAGAUGAUACUGUCCUGUGGAUGCACGACGAUUUGGUCAUCCACGCAGACCACGACUCCCGCAUCACCAUCAUUACAGAGACAGAUACCUCCACGAUAAGCCAACUGCUGCUCGAGGAUGCCCAGCCAACGGACUCCGGGACCUACACCUGCAAACUCCCCAAUGGCAACAGUGACAGCGUCGAAAUAGAAGUGAUGCAAGUGGUCAAAGACGAUUUCCAUGCUGCCAUGUCCGCGGGACACCGACCUCUAUCUGCGGUGCCACCAGCGGCUCUCGUGUUCCUCCUCAUCGCCGCCGCCGUCGGCAGCGUCUGCCGUUGACGGAGACGCCGCGGGAGACCCAGACUUUGGCUGUGCAGCCUGUGGCGGUGCUACCAACUCUGCGCUCCUCAUCACUCAAAAGACCAAGAAAUCUGAUAGCCAUUAGCGGUGUGUCACCUGAACGUCGAAGGGUUGAAUUCUGCUGCAGGAAAGUCGAAUAAGAUGACUUUGACUCGACCUUGCCACAGUAAAGUCCCCUAUCUCUUACAAAAGUGAUGAAGUUAUCCGUUGUUGAUGAUUACAGAGUGAAGAACUGGAUACGACAAUGUGGAUGAAUGCCCAAAGAAACAUAUUGGAUUAAGCACACUCUUUAGGCCAAAGAAUAUCUACUUUCUUUGGUUUUUACUUUGUUAUUUGGACAAAUGAAAGUUGAUAUGUUUUCGGUGGAUAGUUCAUCCGUAUGUUGAUACAAAAUUAAGUAUUAUAAUACGACAAGAAUAAAAAGUAAAACGGAAAACA